AUGACUUCGAAGUUAGAAACUUUAAGAGAGGUUAGUCCACCCGAUCUCACAAGAGAUCUGAAGAAUAAUUCCACUACCGGUACGACCAAUAGCAGCACCGGCACCAAUAAUAAUAAGAUGGUUGGGUUGGGUCUUGGUAGGAGGCCCAGUGAUAAUUUAUUGUUGAACAUGACAGCUUUAGAGGGAUUAGAUCUAAAUGAAAAAGAUUUUUCCGCAUUAUCAACACCACCACCAAAGAAAAAUUUCAUUCAGAAGAGUGAAAGACCGAUUUCAAAUGAUUCGAUCGCAACACGUACAACGGAAUUGUUUAGUGCCACCUCAUCAGAUGUUAAUAGUGGAUCUUCAUCAAUUGAUAAUGAGCAGGAUAUAAAGGAAAGGACUGCUGAAACUAUUGUACCAACGAUGGAUCAAGAAGUUUCACAAGCUGACGAAUCAAUGGUUUCCACAGAUGGUGAUGACAGUCAUAACUCACCACCACGUCCCUUUUUACAACAACAACAACAACAACAUCAUCAUCAUCAACAACAACAUCAUCAAGAGCCUCAAAAACCAAUACUGCCCCCAACGCAGCAACAGCAAAGAAACCAAUACAUUUUUAGCAAUGGUAACAGGGCAAAGUCGCAGGUUGCACUAAGGCCACCCCCAUUACAUCGAGAAAUGAUGGAAAUGGCACAACCACCUCAAGUACCGAUGGGACCAUCAUUAUAUGGCCAUUCGAAUAGUACGUCUGCUAUCUUACCGAACAAAACACCUCUAACACCAUCUCAAAGGUAUAGGUUGCGCAAAGCUCAGAAUGAAAGUGCUUUGCGCAAAUCAAUUCGUAAGAAGGAGAAAUUUUAUGAUGAACAAGAAACAAACUCUCAACUGAAAAAUGAUAAUUUUGACGCUUCACUGGUUUGGAACGUCCCAAUGGCAUCCUUUUCUAAUAGUUCAUUUCUGGAGGUUGCCGAUUUACAAGUAGGUCAUCACAACCAUCACAACCCUCAUCCUCAUAACCAUCCGCAUAACCAUAAUAUUCAUAAUAUGAACAAGAAUACGAAUAACACUAAUCCUCAUCGAACAAACAAUCGGUCUAAGCACACCAGAAAUUUGUCUGAUCCAUUCCAUGAAAAUAGUAAUAAAUCAAUGACAUCAAAUGGUGCUGGUAACAAUAAAAUACAUCCUCAUCAUCACAGUUAUCCAAAAGGUUUACCACAACCAGGCGCCAACUUAUCAUUUUUAAAUUUUUAUGAUAUGCCCACUUCACCAAUACCAGGUCUUAGUAAAACAAGUGAUUUCGAGUACAUGCAGCAGACAAGUUCCAAUUUAACAAACAUUUAUGAAAAUAGCUCCCAUAAUUUAUCAAAAAGCAAACUUACUGAAAGGACGGCAUCAACAGAUUUUUUACCCUUAGAAUUUAAAACUGCAAGCGAUCUCGGAUUUGAAGACUUACUAUUGGUCAGUGAAAAUAAACUAGAAGUGACAUCGCAUUCAAGGCCAAGUUGGUUACCUCCAAAAAGUCCAGAAGAAAGGAAAAUGCAUGAGGAACAAAUCUCGAAAUCGACAAGUAUGGCAUCGAUCGAACAAUUGGAUAGAAAUAAAGAAAAGGAAGGAAGAAUCAUUAAAAAUGAAACCAAUAGGCAGAAGUACGUUCUUUUACUAGAUAGAGGUAUUACACGCAAUUCCUCUUUACAAAGUCUAAGGAAAAUCGUUUGGGAAACCGCAUUGACUGAUGAAGUUCGUUAUAACGUUUACGAUGAAGUUUUGCAAAGUGACGCUCGUGCAGUGACGGCUCAUUAUUUAGAACCAUACCAAGAUAUGAUGGAUUUAUUGAAUAAAAUGGAUUUCCCAACUGCAAAGGAAAAAGAGAUAGAACAAUUGAUAGACAGUGGUGUUCGUAAUAAGUUGUCAGGUCAACAAGACGAAAUUUCACCAGAAUUAUUGCUGAUGUUAAAACUAAAAUCAAUCUCAAGACAAGGUUUACAACCGGGUGAUGAGUUACUUUUCCAUCAUUUCUUACAGAGUAAUUCAUUUACCGAUUUACAACAAGUUUGGGAAAUGGGCAAUUUGGUCCAAAUGAUAUGUUUUAAUGAUAUUUGCAAAGAAAAAUACGAUUCCCGUAUCUUGAAUCCAAGAGGUAUUGUUGCACACUACUUGCUAAGAUCGGACGAUUUUAAGGAGGAGUUUAAUGCAACCGCAUUGAACUCUACAACCUGGUGGAACGUACUACAACGUGUAAGUCAUAAACUAUUCAUGUGGAUAAUUGACAUUAUCGUGGUUGCCAACAAUCAAUGCUUUAAGAAGUACCCAAUAGUAAAGGAAGAUUUCCAAGGUAAGAGUUGGGAAUACUACCGUUCCAAACGUGUAGUAAACAAUUACAAGAUUUUACUGGCAUUUGCUCUUAACGUUUUACUGAAUUACCACUUUGGAUUUAACGAUUUAAAACUACUUUCAAGUCUUGACGAUCCAAAUUUUGCCAUACCGAUGCCCCUAGAUCAUUUGCUGGAUGCCGACGCCAUUAAUUCGAUGUUUAUUCGUAAAUGGCUUCAUUACUACAAAAAGUUUUAA